AUGUCCUUCGACCGCCUCUCCGCCGCCGAGCAAGGCCGCUCCGGCCGCAACUACAACAACAACCAAACCCCCGCUCGCUCCUCCAUCGCCGGGGGGUCCUACACCGACGACCCCGACUUCACCCGGCUCUACCAAUCCCUCACCACCAACCUCUUCAAGCUCAACGGCAACAACCAGCGCCUGUCGGGGGAGAUCUCCCACCUCGGCACCCGCCGCGACACCCCCCGAGUCCGCGAGCGAGUCCACGAACUAAUCGAAGAAUCCCGCGAUCUCUUCAAAUCAGUCGGCGAAGGCGUCAAGAAAAUCCAGACGUGGGAUGAAGACGUCACACCAACCCAAAAAUACCACCAGCAGAAACUCUCCCGUGACUUCACCACCUCUUUAACAGAAUUCCAAUCCCUCCAGCGGACCGCGUUGGAAAAACAAAAAGCUUCUGUUUCCGUGCUUCAGUCCGCCCUCCCGGCCACGUCACCUUCCCACCAACCCCAGGUUUUGUCCUCCUCCCCCGGAUCACAACAGCAACUCCUUCUUCAAGAACAAGAACUCGCCCGCCUGGCACCACAAGACGAGGUUGACUUUCAGGAGGCGCUCAUUCUGGAACGGGAGGAGGAAAUCAGGAAUAUUGAGCAGGGUGUGGGGGAUUUGAAUGUGCUUUUUCAGCAGGUGGCGCAGAUUGUGAAUGAGCAGGGCGAGACGUUGGACACGAUUGUGAAUAAUGUCGAGAAUGUGAGGGAUGACACGAGGGGGGCGGACAGGGAGCUGAGGAGCGCGGCGAGAUAUCAGAAGAAUGCAAGGAGCAAGGCUUGUUGCUUGUUGCUGAUUUUGGUGGUGAUCCUGACGGUGGUUUUGUUGGCUGUGUUUUUGGGUUAG